CUUUCUCCCUUAAUUUCAGCAAAAGAGGCUGCAGGUAUGAAAUCACUAUGCUGCAAGUAGUUUCCUCCUCAAGCCUACUUGUGUGCCUAUAUAAACACAUUCCCUUAAGUAGUUUUCCAUGCCUUUGAGAUAGGAUUUUAUCCACUUCUUCGUGGAGGAAAAACAAAAAACUGAUAUCUUGAUUUUGAAAGAUCUCAAUGAUGGGGAUGGGAAGAGCUCUUUUGGUUUCUGUUUUCCUAGCUAUGGUUUUUGGCCUUGCAAAAAGCAUAGAGUUCACAGAAAAAGACCUGGCUUCUGAUGAGAACCUGUGGAAUCUGUAUGAAAGAUGGAGGAGCCACCACACUAUUUCACGGGACCUGACCGAGAAACAAAAGCGUUUCAAUGUGUUUAAAGCUAAUGUGCAGCACAUUCACAAGGUGAACCAGAUGGACAAGCCUUACAAGCUGAAGCUCAACAAGUUUGCUGAUAUGACCAACCUAGAAUUCAGAAACUUUUACAGUUCCAAAAUCAAGCACCACCAAAUGCUUCGUGGCAGCAGGGCCAGCACUGGAUUCAUGUACGAAAAGGCUAACAAUCUGCCAGCAUCCAUUGAUUGGCGAAAGCAAGGUGCUGUCACUGCUAUCAAGGAUCAAGGGAACUGUGGUAGUUGUUGGGCAUUCUCAACUGUAGUGGGAGUUGAGGGGAUAAACAAAAUUAAAACCGGUAAUUUAGUCUCAUUGUCUGAGCAAGAACUGGUUGAUUGUGAGAAAGAUAAUGAGGGCUGCAAUGGAGGACUCAUGGAGAAAGCAUACGAGUUCAUCAAGAAACAGGGUGGCCUAACAACCGAGAGCGUGUAUCCCUACAAGGCUAGAGAUGGAAGCUGCGAUGCAGCAAAGAUGAAUGCACCAGUUGUGAGGAUUGAUGGGCAUGAAAAUGUUCCUGAAAACAAUGAGGAAGCCCUAAUGAAAGCUGUUGCCAACCAGCCUGUUUCUGUAGCAAUUGACGCUUCUGGUUCUAAUAUGCAAUUCUACUCAGAGGGAGUCUACACAGGAGACUGUGGCACAGAGCUAGACCAUGGGGUCGCCGUGGUGGGAUAUGGAACCACUGUUGAUGGGACCAAAUACUGGACUGUGAAGAAUUCUUGGGGGCCUGAAUGGGGAGAACAGGGCUACAUUAGGCUGCAGCGUGGUAUCGAUGCAGUAGAGGGGCUGUGUGGCAUAGCCAUGCAGGCUUCAUAUCCGGUAAAGCUAUCAUCAGACAAUCCUAAGCCACCACCAAAAGACGAGCUCUGAGUUGGGCAAAGUAUUUGGUCUGCACCGAAGUCUAGCUAGAUGCAUGAUAUAUGCCAAGAGCUAUGUAGUAUUAAGUAUUUGCUCCUUUUAUUCCCAGGUUAGUUAGAAGAAUAAACUGUUAUGAGUAUUGUGGAUGAGAUGGAAGUCUCUGUAAUCCAUAGUUUUUCUUAUUCAUUGGUUUUUACUUUCC